AUGUGCUUGCCUACUGAUGUGGUUGAUGUUAUAACCUUGCUUGAAGAUGCCCCCCAUAAAGUGAACGAAGAUUUAAAUUAUAAGAAGAUACAACAAGCAACGGAAAAUCUUAUUUCUUUCAGUCCCGAUGUACCUCAAUCUUCUCAGAAGAAAGAUUCUUUUGAAGAUAGUGAAGAAACAGCUGCUUUCUGGAAUGAUCCAGAAACAAUUGCAGCUAUUGAGAAGAUUGAGCGUGCGAUUGGGAAGAGAGCUGCAUACAAAGAGAAGACAGGAGAUGAUGAUGUUCCCAGUUUUUCAAUGGGAUGGGGGUUGUCCUCCCAGUCCCAAGAGAGUGACAGAGGUUGGGAGGACAUUCUAAAUGUUUCAAGGCAGUUUUCAACAGAUAACAGAGAUGAUGAUGAUGUGCAUGCUCUGAACAAGCUUCCUUACUGUAAGCUUGAUUCAAGGUCUGUUGGCAUUAGGGAGGGGGUUCUAUUCUUGACUUACAGCAGCCUCAGUGCAUAUUCCGAGAAGGGCCAUUCACGAUUACAGCAGCUUGUACAAUGUGUCAUAAAGCAAAAAAUCGUGUUCUCAAGUCGGGAGGGUAACCGACAAAGACAGGAAAAGCCAUGCUUGAUAUUCAGGCAUAAGUCAACGGUAGCAGAAUUUCUUUCCAAAAACUAUGAAUGGGCUAACAAACACGCUCUUAGUAUUCUCAUUGCUAACCGAAACAAGCUAUUACGUCUCUUUGCUGAUUUUAAAACCGAGAAAGGUUCUUCGGUUCGGUUCGGUACGGUGCGGUUCGGUUCGGUUUUCGAUUCUGAGCGCCUCCUCUUACUCAAAUUCAAGGCCCUGUUCGCCAGCGGUUUGUAUUUCAGCUCACCAGUCAUGGUCUCAAUCGAAGAUUCUCGCUCUCACUCCCACUCCCACUCCAAUCCCAACAUUACCAGUCCAUACUCCCAAAAUCGGCCUUACUACUACUACACUCCGCCGCCGUCCUCCGCCAGAAUCAGCCGAUCGAUGGGACGGUCCAUGCGCACGGUGCGGUCCAACAUCUUCGGCGCCCACGACUCCGGGCCCAUCGCCGAGAAGUCGCCCAACGUCUCCGAGAACCUCACAGACUCGGUCAUCGACCUCCGCCUCGAUGAGCUAGCCAGCAAAUCGUCUCGCAACUCGAAGAGCCCCUCGUCCUCCGACCUCGACGGUAUACUCGACAUCUCCACAGCCUUCAGCGACUUCUCCGCCUGCUCGAGCGACAUAUCCGGCGAGCUCCAGCGCCUGGCCAACCUCCCCGUUCCCGGCCCGAGCGAGGUUGCGAGCUCGGAGCCCGAGAUCGAACCUUGUGCCGGAUUCCUGCAGAGGGAGACGUUCUCCACGGAGAUAAUCGAAAUCAUCUCGCCGGAGGACCUCCAGCCUACGGUGAAGCUCUGCGUCGACGGCCUUCAAUCGCCGUCGGUCGCCGUUAAAAGGUCCGCAGCGGCCAAGCUGCGCCUGCUGGCCAAAAACCGGGCAGACAACCGUGCCCUAAUCGGGGAAUCCGGCGCCGUCCCCGCCCUCAUCCCUCUCCUCCGCUCCUCGGACCCCAUGACCCAGGAGCACGCAGUCACAGCCCUCCUCAACCUCUCCCUCCACGAGGGCAACAAGAGCGUGAUUACACACGCCGGCGGAAUCAAAUCCCUUAUCUACGUCCUGAAAACAGGCACCGAGACCUCCAAGCAGAAUGCGGCUUGUGCUCUGCUCAGCCUUGCCCUGGUCGAAGAGUACAAGCUCUCGAUUGGGGCCUCUGGCGCCAUACCCCCGCUUGUGGCCCUACUGAUAAACGGGUCCAACAGAGGCAAAAAGGAUGCCCUCACGACCCUCUACAAGCUGUGCUCCGUGAAUCUGAACAAGGAACGGGCGGUUAGUGCUGGUGCUGUUCGGCCACUUGUGGGGCUAGUGGGGGAGCAGGGGACGGGGCUGGCAGAGAAGGCCAUGGUGGUUCUGAGUAGUCUGGCGGGGAUUGAGAUGGGGCGGGAGGCUGUGGUAGAGGAAGGUGGGAUUGUGGCCUUAGUGGAGGCAAUCGAGGAUGGCAGUGAAAAGGGGAAGGAGUUUGCGGUUUUGACUCUGUUGCAGUUGUGUGCAGAGAGCGUGACGAACAGGGGAUUGUUCAUCAGGGAAGGGGGGAUUCCUCCAUUGGUGGCUUUGUCCCAAACCGGGACAGCUAAAGCUAAGCAUAAGGUGGCUACAGGCUACUGA